AUGUCGACACCCUCACCUCCGAUUAACCUCCACGAUUCAGUCGGUGCCCUUCAGCUGGGCUCACUAUUUGCCGUGUUUCUCUUUGGAGUAGUCACUCUUCAGUCCCACUUGUACUAUCAGCAAUUCAGGAACGACAAGAUCCACCUCAAGGCCCUAGUUGCUCUAGUAUGGAUUCUAGAACUCGGCCACACGUUCUGCAUCGCCGCAGAGAUAUACAAAGCUACUAUUAUCCAUUACGGCCGACCAGACAAACUAUUUCCUUUCCCUUAUCUAGGAGCUUCAACCGCUGUCGGAGGGUCCAUCGCAUUCCUCGCUCAUUAUACUAUCUGCACUUCAUUGGUUCCGAGCUUGUCGGCAGUGAUCAUGGUCAUUUGCUUCCAUGUAAAACCAACAGCUAUGAUAUGGAUUGCAGUCUAUAUCUGCCUUGCAAAAUGUAUGUGUUCGACCAUCGUUCUCACUUCCGAUCGCGACUUACAACGACUGGCGGCUUAUCCCAGUGUAUUCCAACUGUAUACUUGCUUCGCUCAACUCAAGAGCAGACCUAAGAAGCACCCCUUCCCAGUCUGGCUCGCUUGA